UUAAGAACUACGGAAACUGCGAGAGGACAUAUUUGUCCAAGUUUAACAAACAUGGCUACCUUUGUUUGUAAAAAUUUCAUUUUGUCCAAUUUUUUUAGAAAUGUUAGACAAAUUAGCGCGCGACAGACACCGUUCAUUUGGAGAAGUUACACAACCGAUGGAGACAAUAAAGUUCCCAAAAUCUACACCAAAACGGGCGACAAAGGCUUCUCAAGCACAUUUACUGGAGAAAGAAGACCAAAGGAAGAUCGUAUUUUUGAAGCUUUAGGAAACACAGAUGAAUUGUCAUCAGCUAUAGGAUUAGCCAGAGAAUUUUGUCUUGAGAAAGGCCAUACGUUCACACAUCAACUGGAUAAGAUACAGUGUGUUUUGCAAGAUGUUGGCUCCAAUAUCGCCACUCCUCAGUCAUCAGCAAGAGAAAGUCAUUUAACUCGGACAAAAUUUACUGGAACUCCAAUAACAGAUUUGGAAGGUUGGAUUGAUACAUUCACAGAGGAACUCCCUCCGCUGACUAACUUCAUUUUACCUUCUGGAGGAAAGAGCAGCGCAUCUUUGCAUAUAGCUCGAACUGUCUGUCGCAGAGCUGAGCGCAGCAUUGCUCCAAUUGUCCGCUCGGGGGAGGCUGAUCCAGAUGUUGCCAGGUUUUUAAACAGGCUAAGUGACUACCUUUUCACUGUGGCCAGAUAUGCUGCUCUAAAAGAAAACAACAAGGAGAUCAUCUACAAAAGACCUACAUAAUGCUUGAUUAUAAUAAAACCCUUCAUGGCAUACA